GCAACUAUGAGCCUCGAAGUCCGCACUCAUUGUAGAGCACUAGAGCGUGCUCUCUCUCUCUCUCUCUCUCUCUCUCUCUGCGCGUUUGUAGAUCCCUUCUGUCUCGGAAUUUUCCGCUGCAAUACAACUUUUGAAGUUUGGCAGGUGGGAUUUGGAGCGGGGCUCCAAAUGCUUUAGUUACGGAAUGCCUAGGGUUUUAGAAGCAGCUACUGAUCACUCGCUCUCUCCUUGGUCAUUUGUUUGAUGAAUUGCCUCUGAAAGGAUGCUUUGCUUACUAAAACCAAAAUGGCAAACACAAGCUGUGAAUACCCAGAUAUCAAGACAUGUUUCCGUUACUCUCUACUCCACAGCUGCGCCUACCCCAAUAUCAUCCAAAUUGCAGGAGAUCUGUAAUGUUGUUUCAAGUAGUAUUGGCAGCUUGGAUGACUUGGAAGUGAGUCUUAAUCGGUUUGCAAUACCUUUAACUUCACCGCUUGUUACCCAGAUAACAUGUUCUUGCAAAGGUGAAGCACCCACAAGAAGGCUACUUAGAUUCUUUUUGUGGUCCUGUAAAAAUUUAAAUUCUAAAUUGGAAGAUGUGGAUUUCAAUCAUGUGAUUCGUGUGUUUGCUGAAAAAAAGGAUUUUACAGCAAUGGAUGUAUUGAUUUCAGAUCUUGGUAAGGAAAGUCGGACAAUGGAGAGCCGGACUUUUAGUAUUGUGGCUGAGGCAUUGGUUAAACUAGGAAAAGAAGAUCAAGCUCUGGGGAUUUUUAAGAAGUUGGACAAGUUCAAGUGUCCCCAUGAUACAACCACGGUUGUUGCCAUUGUUAAUGCUCUUUGCAUGAGAGGGCAUGCUAGAAGAGCUGAAGGGGUUCUUUCACACCAUAAUGAUAAAGUGUCUGGGGCAGAGGCCUGCAUUUAUAGGAAUUUACUAUAUGGAUGGUCUGUGCAGAAGAAUGUGAAGGAAGCUAGGAGAAUACUCCAACAGAUGAAAUCAAUUGGAGUAAAUCCUGAUCUUUUUUGCUAUAAUAUGUUCCUCAAAUGCCUUUGUGAGCGAAAUGUUAAAUUUAAUCCUUCGGGUCUUGUUCCUGAAACUUUAAAUGUGAUGAUGGAAAUGAGGACUAAUGGGAUUACCCCAACCUCAAUUAGUUACAAUAUAUUGCUCUCUUGCCUUGGUAGGACAAGAAGAGUCAAGGAAUCUAAUCGAAUUCUUAUCUCGAUGAAAAAUUCAGGAUGUUCGCGAGAUUGGUUCAGCUACUAUCUUGUUGUGAGAGUUUUAUUUUUGUCAAAGAGAUUUGGUAAAGGUAGGCAGAUAAUAGAAGAGAUGAUUGCAGAAGGGUUGACCCCAGAACCAAAGUUUUACUAUGAUUUGAUUGGUGUUCUAUGUGGAGUUGAGAGGGUGAAUUAUGCUCUUGAUCUGUUUGAGCAAAUGAAGAAGAGCUCAUUUGGUCAUUAUGGACCAGUUUAUGAUUUGCUUAUACCAAAGCUUUGUAGGAGUGGAGAUUUUGAGAAGGGUAGAGAGCUAUGGGACGAGGCAGUGAGGAUGGGGGUGACUCUUUCCUGCUCGAGAGAUUUAUUGGACCCUUCAAUCACUGAGGUGUUUAAGCCAACUAGAAAGAUUGAAGAUCUUAGCCUUGUGGAAUGUACCACUUCAAAAUAUCAAGAAAGAGUUAUGAAGAUGAGAAUGGAAAAGAAGAUAAAGAAGAACAAGAAGUAUAAGAAGAAUAAGAGAAAGAAGAAAUAAAAAUGCUGCUUCAAUCUAAUGAUUUUUCACAGUAUUUGCCGCUGUAAUUACAACUUCUGAUGUUCAGCGAGUGGGAUUUGGAGCGGCGCUCCAAAUGGUGUAUUUACGAAUUGCCUAGGGUUUCAGAAUGGUGACUCGCUGUCUCCCCGUUAAUUUCUCCUUCCUCCUGUUAUCUUCUUUGCUUUUCGCUUGAUUGUCUCUUCCCACUGGUCCGUCCAUUGCGUAAAUGCCGUGAAGAAUGAAUGCCUAAAGUGUAGUGUAGACCAUUCAGUCCACAACUCAAGUUAUAUUCUUUGGUUUUAGCUUCAAUGUCACUUCCCACUAGUCUGUCCAUUACGAAGUUGCCCUGAAGAAUAAAUGGCUGAAUUGUACUUCACAGUCCAAAACUCAAGUGAUUACCGUUUCCGUGAGCAAUUCAUCAAGAUUGUGGCCUUGUUAUCUUGAAUUUGCAGACUUUUACUGUA